GCCGCGAGGACCCGGGCGCGCGCGCUGCCGGGGGACCCAGGGCGGGUGGCGGCGGGUCGCUGGCUGAAGACUGUCCCCGAGGCCCGAUCGGGGGUCGCGCCCUCCCUGCUGGCCCUUGUGUCCCCGGCGCAGCCUGUGCCCCGGCCUUCGGGGCGGGGACCUGCGGGGCCCCCCGCGCUGUCCCGAGGCGUCCGUCGGUCCAUCGGUCCGUGCGUCCCGCGAGCUCGGCCUGCCCGGCGGGGAAGUGCGGCGGGCCUGGGCCUCCCUCCCCGGACUCGGGAGCCGCCGCUGCAGCGUGCUUCAGUGACAGUCAUUCCAGGUGCUGAAGGGUGCCGAAGUGAGCCGCACGGGGUGGGGAACACGGCACAGGACAGGUAGGACCUGAGAAAUGCAACUUGCGAAAGCCUUGAACUGAAUGGAGACUGGGACCCCUGAGUGUGUCUGAGUGGACUGCCAGCCUGCUGGCAGUGGCUUGGUGCAGGAGAAGCGUGACUUGGAUGCCAGCUGCUUGAGCUCACUCUUGGACAAGAUGGAAGAAGAACUGGACUGUCCAACCUCCUCUGAAAAACGCUAUUUCCCCGAAUCUCUGGAUUCCAGUGAUGGGGACGAGGAGGGCAUUUUGGCCUGUGAGGAUUUGGAACUGAACCCUUUUGAUGGGCUGCCAUAUUCGUCACGUUAUUAUAAACUUCUGAAGGAAAGAGAAGCCCUUCCGAUAUGGAAAGAAAAAUACUCCUUUAUGGAGAAUCUGCUUCAGAAUCAGAUUGUGAUCAUUUCAGGAGACGCUAAGUGCGGCAGGAGCUCUCAGGUGAGGUGCCACCUCGAAACACCAUUGGCUUCAUAUUCUUGUAGGUAUUGUACUGAUGAUAUGUUGCAAAGAGAAAUGAUGUCCAAUCCUUUCCUGGGUAGCUAUGGGGUCAUCAUUUUAGAUGAUAUCCACGAAAGAAGCAUUGCCACUGAUGUGUUACUUGGACUUCUUAAAGAUGUUUUACUGGCAAGACCAGAACUGAAGCUCAUAAUAAACUCUUCACCUCUCCUGAUCAGCAAACUGAGUUCUUACUACGGCAGCGUGCCUCUCAUAGAAGUGAAGAGCAAGCAGCCCGUGGAGGUCGUGCACCUCAGCGGGGCUCACGGGGAGUCUCUUGAGUCUGUGUUACGCCUCCUCUUUGAAAUUCACCAGUCUGGUGAGAAGGGUGACAUUGUCGUCUUUCUGGCCUGUGAACAAGAUAUUGAAAAGGCCUACGAAAUUGUCUGUCAAGAAGGGUCUAACUUAAACCCAGAUCUCGGCGAGCUGGUGGUGGUGCCUUUGUAUCCAAAAGAGAAAUGUGCAUUGUUCAAGCCAAAUGAUGAAACAGAACAAAGAUGCCACGUUCAUCAGAGGAGAGUGGUGUUAACUACUAGCUCUGGCGAGUCUUUGAUCUGGAGCAACGCGGUCAGAUUCGUUAUUGAUGUGGGCGUGGAAAGAAGAAAGGUGUACAACCCUAGAAUCAGAGCCAGCUCCCUCGUCAUGCAGCCUAUUAGCCAGAGCCAAGCAGAGAUUCGCAAGCAGAUUCUCGGCUCAUCUUCCUCAGGAAAACUGUUCUGUCUGUACUCUGAAGAAUUUGCCUCCAAAGACAUGCGGCCACUGAAGGUGGCAGAAAUGCAGGAAGCCAACCUCACCAGCAUGGUGCUUUUCAUGAAGAGAGUGGACAUCGCGGGCUUGGGCCACUGUGACUUCAUGAACAGACCAGCACCGGAAAGUUUGAUGCAGGCUUUAGAAGACUUAGACUAUCUGGCAGCACUGGACAAUGAUGGAAAUCUUUCUGAAUUUGGAAUCAUCAUGUCAGAGUUUCCUCUGGACCCACAACUCUCAAAGUCUAUCUUAGCCUCCUGUGAAUUUGACUGUGUAGACGAAAUGCUAACCAUCGCUGCCAUGGUAACAGCUCCCAGUUGCUUUUCGCAUCUGCCCCGUGGAGCUGAGGAGGCUGCCAUGACUUGUUGGAAGACAUUUUUACAUCCUGAAGGAGAUCACUUUACCCUCAUCAACAUUUACAAGGCCUACCAAGACACAACUCUGAAUUCCACCAGCGAGCACUGCGUGGAAAAAUGGUGUCAUGAUAACUUCCUCAGCUGUUCUGCGCUCAGAGUGGCAGAUGUUAUCCGAGCUGAACUGUUAGAAAUCAUCAAGCGGAUCGAGCUGCCCUUUGCAGAGCCUGCUUUUGGCUCCAGGGAGAACACUCUGAACAUAAAGAAGGCGCUUCUUUCCGGGCACUUCAUGCAGACUGCUCGGGAUGUGGAUGGGUCAGGUAACUACCUGAUGCUGACACACAAGCAGGUGGCUCAGCUGCACCCCCUGUCUGGUUACUCCAUCACCAAGACGACGCCCGAGUGGGUCCUCUUCCACGAGUUCAGCAUCUCUGACAACAACUACAUCACCAUCACCUCAGAAACGUCCCCUGAACUAUUUAUGCAACUGGCACCACAAUACUAUUUCAGUAAUCUGCCUCCCAGCGAAAGUAAGGAGAUUCUACAGCAAGUAAUGGACCGCCUGUCACCUAUUGCAACAAUGGAAACAGAACAGAAAGUCUUUGAGACAUGCCCUGAAACUACAGAACCACGGUGCAGUCUGCAGUGACUCCUCAGGACCUCCUACACAGAACACUGUGCAAUGAACAGCCCAGGCAGCCAAGCGCUGGGCCCACUACUGUGAUGUGCAGUGACGCGUCGGGAAGGGGGAGACCAUCCCCCACACAGGCUGACCCGGAAAAAUCAAACACUUGUGUGUUAUUUAAAAAUAAAAAUAGAAGUUUUUAAUGAGUUCUUUAAAUUAGUACUCCAUGUUUUUCUUCUUAUUGGGGAAGUUUUUAAUUAACCAUCUAUAAUUUGACCAAAAUUUUAAAAAAAGAUAUUUUGUAAAUGUGUCACAGACACGGGCAACAGACCCCUACUUUUUGUAGAGGACCUAAAUCUAAAUAAAGUCAUGAGUUUUUCAGUAA